AUGGCAACUUGAUAUAUGUAUAGUCGUUGAAAAUGACAUGAUUCUCUUGAUAAGGAUGAGCUAGAGUUCAUCAAUUAGUAGUUGUCAAAAUUGACUGUUUCCAUGUUAACUUUCUGAUGAUAUUUGGUGCCCUAGAAAAUGCAGAACCAAAUUCUAGUGCAAGAGCCCCAAACAAAAUCUCCCAAGACUACUACUUCGGCGACGAUGUUGGUGCCUGUUUGCAACUCAGAGCGCUGCGCCAACCAACCGGUGAGAAUGAGCGAAUCAUCAGCUGAUCCACCUUUCAAGAUAGCUUACAAGAAUCUGCUGGAGAAGGUGGGCGACACAGUGCAAAACAGUAUGUUGGUUGUGGAGGAGUGCGAGCUGCCCUUAAUCGAUAUGAAGCAGUUAGAGCUGGGAGAGGCGGAGAGGAAGGCAUGCAAGAAGCUGAUUGCUCAAGCUUCGCAACAAUGGGGUUUCUUCCAGGUUAUUAACCACGGAGUCCCCGUGGACGUGGUCGAGAAAAUGAGAAGCGAGCAAAUGAAGCUGUUGAGGAAGCCAUUCCAAGAGAAGAAAGCCUUGAAAGAUUUGAACUUGUCUGCUGGAAGUUAUCGAUGGGGGACGCCUUCACCUACUUGCCUUGAGCAGCUAUCUUGGUCGGAGGCCUUUCAUGUGCAGUUGACAGAUAUAUUGGAUUCCCUCGCCCAAAACAGCCUCAGGUGGAGCAUGGAGCAAUUCGCGUUGGCGGUUUGUGAAGUCGCAAAAGAGUUGGCAGAGAUAUUGGCGGAGGAAAUGGGUGGGGAGACUGGGAUUUUCAAAGAAAGGUGCCUUCCAAAGAGCUGCUACCUCCGUUUGAACAGAUACCCGGCGUGCCCAACCUACAGUCACAUAAUGGGCUUGAUGCCUCACACCGACACUUCCUUCCUCACUCUACUACACCAAGAUAACGUCGGAGGACUGCAGCUGCUCAAAGACGGAAAAUGGAUCGCCGUUAAACCCAAUCCGCAUGCCCUCAUCAUCAACAUCGGCGACCUGUUUCAGGCAUGGAGCAACAACCUGUACAAGAGCGUGGAGCACCGCGUGGUGGCGAAUCCGGUGAAGGAGAGAUUCUCCGCGGCUUAUUUCUUGUGUCCACCAAGAGACACGGUUAUACAGAGCGCCCAAAUUGGAGGCGCCGUUUACCGAAGUUUUAGCUUCGGAGAAUACAAGAAGCAGAUCGAGGUGGAUGUUCAGAGCAUUGGGCACAAAGUAGGGCUUCAGAGGUUCCUCUUACCCACUCAAUAGAUUAUGUAUCUUCUGAUCAAGUAAUUAGUUAGACUAAUUAAACAGAACAGCAUGGUAUUUAAGGAUUAAGCAGGCCGUGGUUUGUUGCACCUAAUUACUAGAGACUCAGAUAUGCUCUUUAUGACCAUUAAACUACUUGCUGCUCGCUAUUAAUUAUUUUUGUGCCCUAAUUAAGAUCCCCAAAUCCCCAAUGUGGCCUCCACAUAUUUAUCAUCAAUAGUGAUUUCUUUUUGUUUUUUCCAAAACGCUGAUGGAAGUUUAUUUUGGAAGAUUAGUCUUGAUAGAUAAAAAUAGUAUAUUUAUCUCUUGUUUACUUAGAUAAAAUAAAACUUUGAGAUAUUUCAAUUA